AUGCCCUCGCGCAACCGCGUCGCCUGGAACGCAAUGCUCGCCGCGUACGCUGCCGCCGGGGACCUCGAUCGCGCGCUGGAGAUCUUCGAUUCGUCGCCGCAGCACGACGUGAUCGCCUGGACGUCGCUCCUGUCGGCGUUUGCGCUGGCCGGAGAUCUAGCCCGCGCGCGCCGCCUCAUUGACGCCAUGCCCGAGUGGAACCUUGUGUCAUGGAACGCGAUGCUGUGCGCGCAAUCGCAAUGCCACCAGGUGGAGGGCGCCUGGGAUGUGUUUGAGCGGAUGGAAGAGCGCAACAUCAUCUCGUGGAACGCGCUGCUAUCUGUGUAUGCCCUGUCGGGGCAUAUGGACGAAGCAGCGUAUCUUUUCGAAGCGAUGCCAGAGAGGGAUCUGGCUUCGUGGACGACGAUGAUUGCUGGAUCUGCGCAGGCAGGGAAGAUCGAGGAGUCGAGAGAACGUUUUGAUGGCAUGCCGGAGAGGGACGUCGUUGCAUGGAACGCUAUGCUUGCGGCAUUUGCCCAAAAUGGGCAUCUUGUAAAGGCGCUAGAGUUCUUAGAAAUAAUGCCGGUGUGGAGCCUGGCUGGCUGGAAUUCUCUUCUCGCCGCUUGCGCGCAAGAGAAGGAGUUUGAUCGAGCACAGAAGUUACUACUGAGAUUACCCGAACUGGAUCUUGUGGCCUGGAAUUCGAUGCUUGCGGUGAAUGCCCUUUCUGGGCAUCUGGACGAGGCGCUGUUGGCUAUGGAAGCCUUGUCUAUGCCUGUUGAUGUGAAGUCAUGGAACGCAGUGCUGUAUGGCUAUGCCCAGAGCGGGCAUCUCGACAAAGCCACCAGCUUGUUCCACGCAAGAAUGCCUCACAGGGACGUGGUUUCCUUCACUGCGAUGCUCUCGGCCUAUGCAAGGAGUGGUUACAUCGACGAAGCAAAAGCUCUGUUCGAUUCGAUGCCGGAGAGGACUCUUGUGUCAUGGAACGCGCUGCUCGGCGGAUUUGUCCACAAUGGUCUGUACGCUCGAGCUCACAACUUCUUCCAGACCAUGCCCGAGUGUGACGUUGUAUCUUGGACUGGGGCCUUGAACUCGAUUGCCCCGACUAUGUCGUACAAAACUUCGCUGGAUCACUUCCAAAGGAUGCUGCUUCAAGGAGUUCUUCCGGAUGAUGUCUGCUUUGUGUCGAUGCUGGUUGGAUUCAACCAUGGCGGUAGCGUCCGCACCGCUUUGAGCUGCUUCGCGUCCAUGGCUGUCGACUUUGGCAUUGAUCCGACGAAGCAGCUGUAUGGAAGCCUGAUUGAUCUGCUUGGUCGGGCGGGAUAUCUGAAGGAAGCCGAGGAAGUCAUCGCCAGCAUGCCGUUUAAGCCGGGAGACGUCGACUGGCAAUCGCUCCUGAGCGCUUGUAGGAGUUACAGUGAUGGUCGAAGUGGAAGCCGAGCAGCGAAGCAAGCUCUAGAGUUGAAUCCGCAGGACGACGGAACAUACGUGCUGCUGGCAGCAAUGUCCGAGUGUGGUGCUCACAAUAGUUGA